UUAACCCACAAUGUAUAAAGUAAGCACGCUUACAACGGUAAAGUAGUUUUGGCAAUGAGAGUAAAAAACCAAUACAGCAUCAAUUAUGAACGAAAAAACAAGUUCUUUGUAACGUCAGCUGUGUCCUAGACCGAUAUUCUUGACUUCUUAUAGAGUAUUUAUGAACAAAAUGCACUAAAAUUCAGUACUUUUCAGAAUUUCAGUCACUGUACAAGUGUUUUCUAAUUAAAAUGAAGCACCGUGAUUUAGUCGUUAUAGUAUUAUUACAUUUAAAUGUUAUGUUACGUAGUGUAGUUACACGUCCUGCAGAACUCGAUUCGUUAAUUGGUAACUUUCGGCAUUUCCGAAUGGAGGCUUUCAAUUUACUAAACGAGACGGUUUCAGAUGAGCAAAAUUUAAGAUUAUUAAAACAAAGCGGUAAAGUACAACGUUUCGUAAGAAAAAAAACUCCGUGUCCCUUGAACAAUACCAAAAGUGCCCAAACUCCAGAAAGUGUUCAUAAACUCCGGCCAGGAGAUAUUGAUGUUAUUGCUGGUAUUGGUGAUAGUCUAACAGCAGGUGUUGGGUUGUUGGCUACGAAUGUUAUGCAUGUGUCUUUAGAACAUAGGGGUAUAGCUGUAACAGCAGGUGGGAAGGGUUCGUGGCGCAAAUAUUUAACUUUGCCAAAUAUGUUAAAAAAUUUUAAUCCUAAUUUAACUGGAUACGCUACAGAAACUUCGCUUACUCUUCAUAAUGAGUCCCAUUUAAAUGUGGGUGAAACCGCCUCUAUGUCAGAAGAUAUGCCUUAUAUGACGAGGGUGGUAAUUAAGAGAAUGAUGGAAGAUGAUCGUAUUGAUAUUAAGAAGCACUGGAAGAUGGUGACUUUCAUGAUCGGACCGAACGACUUUUGCAGCCAAAUAUGUUUUGAAAACGACUUUCAAAAAACUUUGGACAAACAUAGAAAAGAACUGAGACAAGUUUUAGCCACACUGAAGCAAAACUUACCGAGAACUAUAGUCAAUUUAAUACCACCACCAAUGCAGAUUUAAAAUUUCUGAUUGACAUGACUGGGAAAUCGAUGGUGUGUCACAUGCAGCAC